AUGAUACCGUGGCUCUACGACUUCGGAAUAUGGGUUUUCUCAUUAUGUCUUGACAUUUUCUUCCGUGAGAUCUACUGUCGAGGGACAUGGCGGAUUCCCAAGAAUGGUCCGGUAAUCGUUGUGGCCGAACCUCAUGCCAACCAGUUCGUUGAUUCCGCUAUAUUAAUGCGCAAUUUAAGAUACUAUGCCGGUCGUCGUACUUCAUUUCUCACUGCUGAAAAGACUUUGCGCGAGCCGUACAUUGGCACAAUGACACGUCUGAUGGGAGCAGUAUCUGUUGUGAGAUCUACGGACCUUGUCAAACCCGCUGAGGGUAAAAUAUACAUUCCUGAUCCCAAAAAUGACCCCACUCUUAUCCGCGGGCAAGAAACAGAUUUCACCAACGGCCAAUUCAUGGAAGGGGGUUUGAUUGUUCUGCCCAAAGUGGAGGGCACGAGUGUCGAGCAGCAAACUAUCGCUGAGAUCCUUGGACCUGAGGAAUUGCGUCUCCGAAAGCCUUUCAAGGAUUUUGAAAAUGGGCACCCACUCCACAAGCCAUUGCGCGAAGGGACUCCCUUCAAGGUUGCACCGUUGGUUGACCAAAGCCAAAUGUUCGACGCGGUUUGUCGCAAGCUUUGCAGCGGUGGCUGUGUUGGCAUUUUCCCCGAAGGUGGAAGCCAUGAUCGCCCUAGUUUCCUCCCAUUGAAGGCCGGCGUGGCUAUCAUUGCCCUAGUUCACCCAGACCAGAUCGAUGCAUUCAAGGCAGGCGGCCAUCUGAAACGUAACGCCGUGGGGUCAUUACUGGAAACAAUCCAAGAAGCCCUUGCCGCUGUCACUCAACAAGCUCCCGACCAUGAGACACUUAUGGUCAUUCAAGCUACUAGAAGAGCUACACGCAACUACAAUCGGCGAUUGAGAUCCUUAGGUAUCCGGGAUCACCAAGUCGAAUGGGGGGAUGUUGAGCAGCGGACGUGGUGGUUGGUCUUUGCAAUCUUACUUUGCCGUAUUGGUGAAUACCUCGCAUUAGCAUUAGCAACAUUACCGUCGGUUGCUUUAUUCUGGCCGGUGUUCGUCAUUACAAAAAUAGUGUCGGUUAAAAAGCAACGCCAAGCACUGGUCUCAUCAGUCGUGAAACUAGAAGGCCGUGACGUAGUCGGAAGUUGGAAAAUCAUCGUAGCAAUGGGGCUGGCUCCCGCAUUGUAUAUCUGGUAUACAGCAAUUGCGACUGUCUGGCUUUAUUACUGUCGCCACGAGGGACAAUACGCAAAUGUUGUUCCGUGGUGGAUUGACCUCAGGAAUUAUAUUCCUGAUAUUGUCCCGUUAUGGUGUUUUUCAAUGUUCUUUGCAGGCCUCAUGAUUUCAGUCUCCUUUGCCGGUUUGCGUAUCGGUGAGAUAGGCACCGAUGUUCUGAAGUCUCUGCCUCCACUUUUAGUGGCAUUGCACCCCGGGUCCGCCAACUCUCUGGUCAAGUUGCGAGCAGAGCGGCAGGCAUUGUCUUCCCAAGUUGUGGAGGUGGUCAACACAUUUGGUCCAGAAAUUAUCCCGGAUUUCGAAUCGGAAAAACUUGUUCGUGAGGACUCUCACGAUGAUGUGUAUCAAUCUCGACUGAAGAGCAUGCCUCCGAGUCAAUCAGGGAGCCGGAGUAGAAGCGAAAGUAGGGAUAGCCGAUCCGGCAGCAUCAGCUUCUUUCUCCACGAUACUUUACUCAGGCCCUUGUCUACGAUAUCGAAGGAUAACCUAGGUGAGGUGAACCGGAGAAUCCAGGACUCCAAGUCGAAGAAACGCAUACGGCGCUCACGACGAGACGAUGUGUCAGAUGAUGAUCUUGUCUUAGUUGACGAAUACUCUAGUGUUAGAAGCCAGUAUUUUACGGAAGAUAAGAAAUCAAGAUGA